AGAAAAUUGUAUUUUUUAAUGGCUAGUGUAUAAUUGUAUGUAUAAUGUGAAUAUAAUUCAAAGCCAAGAGCCUGAAGUUAGUGACGGUCACAAAAUUAAACUUCAUUGCUUUUUCUAAACCAAGACGAGGCGAUGUCGCCGUUGCUUUUGUUAUUCGUGAUCUAUACAGCAUCUGUCAAUGGAACGUCUAAAAGCAGUCCUCAGCAAUACCUUACUCUGAAAGCCGCAAAGUCUGCGGGCGUGAAGGAAGAGCCAGCGUUUGAAAUAGUGGACCUGUACCCACUCAACCACUAUCCAAAAGUUGUGAAUAAUUCAGUAAGCAACAUAACCGGCCAGAUCGGCUCGUCCGUCUUCCUGCCGUGCCGCACACAGCAUUCACUGGAGAGACAGGUGUCAUGGGUACGGAGGCGUGACUGGCACAUUCUUACGUCAGGACUCACGUCCUACACGAAGGAGCGUCGGUUCAGUGUGCACCAUCCCGAGGGUAGCACCGAGUGGACGCUGGCCGUCAAGUACCUCACGCUGGAUGAUGCCGGUACCUACGAGUGCCAGAGUACAGUAGUACCGCAGUACAUUUUCUGGUACCACAACUCGCGCAUGAUCAACUACGACCAGGAGCGCGGUGGGGUGGUCGUUCACAUGGAAACGGAGCCUCGCGUCAUGUCGCGUCUCACCAUCGCCGACGCCCGACCCUCAGACUCCGGCAACUACACAUGCGACGCAGAAAACACAGAAGCUGCCAGUAUCACUGUAUACAUCACUCAAGGCAACAAAAUUGCUGCGAUUAAGCCCAGGGACGUAAAUCACGGCUCGCUCCUACAGAUUUCAGUUGGAGUAAUUUUUGUAACCGCAAUUCUCGAGCAUAUUUUUCUCACCAUUUUUAUCCGUAGAAGUUUUAUGAUUAUUCCAAGCUUGAUACCGCUGCCUGAUUAGAUUGAACACGCUUCUAUCGCCCAACUGCAUUUAUUAAUUCCAGAUGGCAGUGAUUCUCGGUGAAUAACUUAGAUGUUUG